CGCGGGACUCCUCCUCCCCACCGUAUUAACAUGCACCCAGGGGCGGGUGACCAGCCCAGCCUCGCCGCCCCAGCCCGCCGCGUCCCGGCGCUCAGCAGCCGCGCCAGAGGCGAGCGCUGCGCUCCGGGCCCCGCAAUCCCGAGGACACGGCCUCUCCGACACCUCCGGCCCGGGGGCAUCGGCGGCAUCCGCGGCGGGAGCGGCCGUAGCCGCCUCGGCUCCUCACUCGAGUCCUUCCCAUCGCCUCGCUGGGAGCCUGUCCCGGCCACGGGGACACCUCUUUCGUCCUCCCUCCGAGGCUCGCGGGACCGACGGACGGCCGCGGCGACCGAGGGCCGGACUGCGGGCAGUGGCAAGCACACAGUGAAUGGUGCUUUUGAGCGCCUUCUGUGAUUACCAUUCACACCUUUUCUGGGGACACUUUCUUAAAAGAACCAGCAAGCAUCCAGUUUACUGAGAUAUAAUCCCAGAUUCAUGGAGUUGUUGCAGACCGGAUACCUCUUGUCUCACUAAGACUGGAACAGUUGAGCAUCACAUACCAAGAGGGACAUCGGGUUAAAAAAAAAAAAGAAAACUGCAACGUUUGGAUCUUUUCCUGCUUUAGAAGCAAGAGGAAUGGAAAAUUGAUAAUCAAAGGUCCUUGCGGGAGACGGGUCUGGAACCUAACCACCGGGUGUCCAUGACCCCCGUGGUUGCGCCCCAUCAGCGAUGAAAGGUUUAUCAGGCAGCCGCAGCCAUCACCACGGAGUCACCUGCGAUUCGGCCUGUGACUCGCUGUCGCACCACGCAGACCGCAAGCCAUACCUGCUGAGCCCGGUGGAGCACCACCCGGCCGACCACCCCUACUACACUCAGCGUACCUCCUUCCAGGCGGAGUGCGUGGGCCCCUUCAGCGACCCGCUGGCCAGCAGCACCUUCCCGCGCCGACACUACACCUCGCAGCAGGAGCUGAAGGACGAGUGCGCCCUGGUGCCUCGCACCCUGGCCACCAAGGCCAACCGCAUCCCCGCCAACCUCCUGGACCAGUUUGAGAGGCAGCUGCCUCUCAACAGGGAUGGCUACCACACAUUGCAGUACAAGCGCACGGCCGUGGAGCACCGCAGCGACAGCCCUGGCCGCAUCCGCCACCUGGUCCACUCGGUCCAGAAACUCUUCACCAAAUCGCACUCCCUGGAGGGGCCGUCCAAGGGCAGCGUCAACGGGGGCAAGGCCAGCCCCGACGAGACGCAGACCGUGAGGUACGGCAAGCGAAGCAAGAGUAAGGAGCGCCGCCCCGAGCCCAAGCCCCGCACCAACACUUCCCCGGGCUGGUGGAGCUCCGAAGACAACCUCGACGGCGACAUGUGCAUCUACCACGCCCCCUCGGGCGUGAUGACCAUGGGCAGGUGCCCCAACCGCUCGGCCUCACAGUACUUCAUGGAGGCCUACAACACCAUCAGCGAGCAGGCUGUGAAGGCCUCCCGGAGUAACAACGAUGUCAAGUGCUCCACCUGUGCCAAUCUGCCCGUCACCCUAGACGCGCCAUUGCUGAAGAAGAGCGCCUGGUCCUCCACGCUGACCGUGAGUCGAGCCCGAGAGGUUUACCAGAAAGCCUCAGUUAACAUGGACCAGGCCAUGGUGAAGUCAGAGUCGUGUCAACAAGAACGUUCCUGCCAGUACCUUCAGGUCCCUCAGGAUGAAUGGACAGGGUACACCCCUCGAGGUAAAGAUGAUGAAAUUCCCUGCCGUAGAAUGCGGAGUGGCAGCUACAUCAAGGCCAUGGGAGAUGAAGACAGCGGGGACUCGGACACCAGCCCCAAGCCUUCUCCCAAAGUUGCUGCGCGAAGGGAAAGCUAUCUCAAGGCUACUCAGCCAUCCCUUACAGAACUCACCACACUCAAGAUUUCCAAUGAGCACUCCCCCAAACUCCAGAUCCGGAGUCACAGUUACUUGAGGGCGGUCAGUGAGGUCUCCAUCAACCGAAGCCUAGACAGCCUUGACCCUGCGGGCCUGCUCACAUCACCAAAGUUCCGCUCCAGGAAUGAGAGCUACAUGCGAGCCAUGAGCACCAUCAGCCAGGUGAGCGAGAUGGAGGUGAACGGGCAGUUCGAGUCGGUGUGCGAGUCGGUGUUCAGCGAGCUGGAGUCGCAGGCGGUGGAGGCCCUGGACCUGCCGAUGCCCGGCUGCUUCCGCAUGCGGAGCCAUAGCUACGUGCGCGCCAUCGAGAAGGGCUGCUCGCAGGACGACGAGUGCGUGUCGCUGAGGUCUUCCUCCCCGCCGCGCACCACCACCACCGUGAGGACCAUCCAGAGCAGCACGGGUGUCAUAAAACUGAGUUCUGCAGUUGAAGUGUCAUCUUGCAUUACAACAUAUAAGAAGACACCACCUCCAGUCCCACCCAGAACUACCACGAAACCUUUCAUUUCUAUCACAGCCCAGAGUAGCACAGAGUCGGCCCAGGACGCCUACAUGGAUGGACAGGGCCAGCGAGGGGAUAUUAUCAGCCAGUCUGGACUGAGCAACUCCACGGAGAGCCUGGACAGUAUGAAGGCUCUGACAGCCGCCAUCGAAGCCGCCAAUGCCCAGAUCCACGGCCCAGCGAGUCAACACAUGGGCAACAAUGCUGCCACCAUCACCACCACCACCACCACCGCCAUGGCCACCAUCACUGCAGAGGACAGGAAGAAGGACCACUUCAAGAAGAAUCGAUGCCUGUCCAUCGGGAUACAGGUGGAUGAUGCUGAAGAACCUAACAAAACAGGGGAAAAUAAAGCACCCAGUAAGUUCCAGUCCAUAGGAGUGCAAGUAGAAGAAGAGAAAUGCUUCCGCAGGUUCACUCGAUCCAACAGCGUGACGACGGCCGUGCAGGCCGACCUGGACUUCCACGAUAACCUGGAGAACUCUCUGGAGUCUAUAGAGGACAAUUCGUGCCCCGGCCCGGUGGCCAGACAGUUCUCCCGGGACGCCAGCACCUCCACGGUCAGCAUCCAGGGCUCAGGAAACCACUACCACGCCUGCGCGGCCGACGAGGACUUCGAUGCGGAUUUCGACCCUUCCAUUCUGCCGCCCCCAGACCCCUGGAUUGACUCAAUCACCGAAGACCCUCUGGAGGCCGUGCAGAGGUCAGUGUGCCACCGGGACGGCCACUGGUUUCUGAAGCUUCUCCAGGCGGAGCGGGACCGCAUGGAAGGCUGGUGCCAGCAGAUGGAGAGAGAGGAGCGCGAGAACAGCCUGCCCGAGGACAUUCUAGGGAAAAUCCGAACCGCAGUUGGCAGUGCCCAACUUCUUAUGGCCCAGAAAUUCUACCAGUUCAGAGAACUGUGUGAAGAAAACCUGAAUCCCAAUGCUCAUCCAAGGCCCACCUCCCAGGAUUUGGCGGGGUUCUGGGACAUGCUGCAGUUGUCCAUAGAAAAUAUUAGUAUGAAAUUUGAUGAACUUCAUCAGUUAAAGGCCAAUAAUUGGAAACAGAUGGAUCCUCUUGACAAGAAGGAGCGAAGGGCCCCUCCUCCAGUGCCCAAGAAGCCGGCGAAGGGCCCCGCGCCGCUGAUCCGGGAGCGCUCGCUGGAGAGCUCGCAGCGCCAGGAGGCCCGCAAGCGCCUGAUGGCCGCCAAGCGCGCCGCGUCCGUCCGCCAGAACUCGGCCACCGAGAGCGCCGAGAGCAUCGAGAUCUACAUCCCCGAGGCGCAGACCCGGCUCUGAGGCCCCCGGCCGCCGCGCCCCCGCCCGCCUCCUCCCCGGCGCCCGCCCUUCGCCUUCUUGGCCCGCCCACCCGUGUAGACGCGGCCCCUCUAGGUCACCCGCCAUCCUCCGUUCUCUCGAGCUUGUCUGUCCCUAGAUUCCAGCAAUAUCGAACCAUAGGGUAUCUCAGAAAUCCAGGAUCCCGGGGCGGGGGGGGGGGGGGGUCCCCUCGGGACCUCGUGGACUUCCACCCGAAAAGAAACUAGGAAACUAGGGCUCCGAUCCCCCUGAUUUCCCCGACACGCUUCCUAUUUGGGCAAGCAGAUGGAACGCUUGAUUUCCAACCUCAGAAAUCACACACCCUGUCACCGGAGUCGGGAAGUGACACACCGAGAGGGGACGCAGAGGGGCUGGGGGGCGGGGGACCAGGAUGCGGAGUGGGGGAAAGAGAAGCAAACCCUGCGGGUGCCGGGGGUACCUGCGUCGCUCACAGCUGCACAAACUGCCUCACUCUUGUGUCAUCAGUCACUGCUUCAGAUGUCUCAAUCAGCAGAAGAUUGUCAAUCCGAUCUUUCAGGGAUAUCCAUCUAUUCUGAAAGGCAAUAAAAUGAAGACAGGCAAGGCAAGGCAAAGGAAGCACUGCUAGUUUAAAAGACUACAUAAGGGAUUUUUUCUUUUGUCCUAUUCUUAAGAAAAGUUAGACCUGAAGUGUUUUAUCAGCUUUUCUCGUACUAUGUAUAUUAUAUUGUUGUGAUGGUGGUGGUGGGGUCUUUAGGGGAAAGUGUUGGUUCUAUUAAUUUGUUAGUGUCCAUCCUGGGGGCCUACCUAAUUACACAGAGCUAAGUACAUCUCUGCUUACGGAGUGCUGUACAUGGCAGCCGGGCUGCUUUCUGCGAAAAGUUGGGAUUUUCCUAGCAUCCCCUUGGAAUGCUACACAUCCGUCUCUUUUAACCCAGUAGUUCAUAUGGCAGACGUCUGUCUCCAUCAGUCUUUUCUCACUGCUCCAGAGAGUCCUAACACACCCCCGAAUAAGGAUUUUGUCCCGUGUCAAACCGGUAAAAUAAGCUUUCCGUCCCACUAGACAUGCUGCCUCAUUCCAAAGAGCGGCCACUUGUCUUGAGGUCCCAGGUAGAGAGAGAAGAAAUUUGACCUGCGAGGUUCAGCAGCCACAUAGAGGGGGACAGUGUCAUGAUUCCUAAACACUGAAAGAAACCCAGGCUUUUGGCAGAGAAUGUUGAUUUCCAUUUUUAGUCCUGAUGGAUGGCCAGUAUGACCUUUGCAUCCAGCUCAAGUUACCUUUAAAUGCCCUUACCCGUAGCAGUUUAAGCACUUAGAAUGAGGUGAUCUUAAAUGGUCACCGGCGUUUUAUCCAGCUCCCUAAAGCGUUAGAAAUUACCAUUGAGUAAUGGAAGACUUUUAAAAACAUACAUCAAAUACUCUUGCACCAGAGACGCUUUAAAAAAAAAAAAAUACACUCUCAUAGCCAGGUGCUAAUUUAAUUUUAUUUAAGAAAUUAAGAGAGGUGAUGGGUUCUGGCAACAACUAUUUUCAUGGACAUAUUCUAAAACCACUAGAGAAUUCGCUACCUCUCAGAGCCAUUGAUGCUUUGAGCUAUCUUUAUAAACAGGGCACAAAUGUUUACUGCUGUGGUUUACAAGACAAGG